AUGAACGUGUUCAGGGGUUGGGCUUGUGCUAUAAAGAGAUCAAGAUGCAGCACUCCUCAAUAUUGUUCAAAAAUAGAAAAGGAUCAAAAUGGGAUUCUAUCUGCUGGAGGAUACUAUUUGGAAAAAAUCACGUCUAAGUCAUCAAGUCCUUUAACAGAAUCUGCGUUGGGGCGUAAUGCUACAUCUAGACGGUAUGUGCAUGGUGCACAAAAUGAUCCAGACCUGAGUAGAGAUUUCUUUGUACGACUCUGGGUUGCUGAUAGAAAGAAGCCAAAAUCUCCUGUAAAAGGACGACAUAAAGUUCUUAGAUCCAGGGGCAGCAGUGAACAGCUUGUUGAUGGACGGACUCUGUAUGGAAUUAUUGAAAGAUCUUUUUCAGGUGCAUCAGUUGUAAAUGAGAAGUAUGGGAAAAUUAAGUCAAAUCUGAAACAACCACCUACUAGUCAAUCUGUCACUGGUACACUGGAACCAAUGUCCUUGGAAGAGUCCAAGGUUGCCCCUCUUCUUGCAAGAUCUAAUCUGCUUAUAACCAGGGAUAUAGAGUGGGCCAACUUGGUUCUUGGCUUUGAGCAGGAAAAUCGAUAUGCGAUAGUUGAUGUCUGCUACCCACAAGCACCUGUCGGCUUUAUUCGGGAGCAGAGUAACGUGAUUGCAAGACAGUUGCUUCGGUUAAGACGCCCAUUUAUAGCAUCCAUAACUGAUGGAUUAGGUAACGAACUCUUUCGGGUUCGGAGGCCCUUUUGGUGGAUCACCAGUUCAAUCUAUGCAGAGAUAAAUGGACAAGAAAUUGGUGUUGUUCACAGAAGAUGGCAUCUCUGGAAAAGAAUUUAUGAUUUGUACUUGGGGAAUAAACAAUUUGCAGUGGUAGAGAACCCUGGCUUCUGGAACUGGACUUUCACAUUGAAGGACAUCGAUGGAAACGUGUUGGCUGAAAUAGAUCGUGACUGGAGGGGUUUUGGAUUUGAGCUUUUUACUGAUGCUGGUCAGUACGUGAUUCGAUUUGGGAGUGCCGACUCUGUUGUUGGGCCUGCUCCAGGGGUACAAGAGUUGAAUGUAACCCGUUCGUUAACUCUGUCUGAGAGGGCAGUAGCUGUUGCACUUGCUGUUUCACUUGAUAAUGACUACUUCUCCAGACACGGGGGCUGGGGAUUUCCCAUCAUGGUGGUUGAUGAUUGA